AUGUCGGGAGCUCUCUUCGCGGCCCCGGAGGGCCCGGGUGCCCUGGACGCUGCGAGCGGCCACCCGCUUGUGUGCCCGCUGUGCCACUCGCAAUACGAGCGCCCGUGCCUGCUGGACUGCUUCCACGAUUUCUGCGCCGGUUGCCUGCGUGGCCGCGCCUCCGACGGCCGCCUCACCUGCCCUUUGUGCCAGCACCAGACCGUGGUGAAGGGCCCCAGCGGGCUCCCGCCAGUGGACCGGCUGCUGCAGUUCCUGGUAGACAGCUCCGCAGAUAGCGCAGAGGCGGUGCGCUGUGCUAACUGCGACCUGGAGUGCGGCAAGCAGGACGCAGAGACCACUUACUUCUGCAACACGUGCGGGCAGCCGCUGUGCGCGCGCUGCCGCGACGAGACCCACCGGGCGCGUAUGUUUGCGCGCCACGACAUCGUGGCCCUAGGCCAGCGCAGCCGCGACGUGCUCCCGAAGUGCCCGCUACACGCCGAGCCCUACAUCAUGUUCUCCACCGACAAGAAGUCGCUGCUGUGCAUCCGCUGCUUCCGGGACAUGCAGGGGGAGGGCCGGGCCCACUGCGUAGAUCUGGAGUCAGCGUACGUGCAGGGCUGCGAGCGUCUGGAGCAAGCGGUGCUGGCCGUGAAGGUGCUGCAGACGGCCACGCGGGAGGCCAUCGCGCUGCUUCAGGCUAUGGUGGAGGAGGUGCGGCGCAGCGCGGCCGACGAAGAGGCCGCCAUCCACGCCCUCUUUGGCAGCAUGCAGGACAAACUGGCUGAGAGGAAAGCACUACUGCUGCAGGCUGUGCAGAGCCAAUAUGAAGAGAAGGACAAGGCCUUCAAGGAGCAGCUCACCCACUUGGCCACCCUGCUGCCCACCCUGCAGGUUCACCUGGUCAUCUGCUCCUCUUUCCUCAGCUUAGCCAACAAGGCUGAGUUCCUGGACCUGGGCUAUGAGCUGAUGGCCAGGUUGCAGGGCAUCGUCACGAGGCCGCAUCGCCUAAGGCCGGCGCAGAGCAGCAAGAUCGCCAGCGACCACCGCGCCGAGUUCGCACGCUGCCUGGAGCCGCUGCUGCUACUGGGGCCGCGCCGGGCGGCGGGUGCUGGCGGCGGCGCCGGCACCCUGGCAGGGGGCUCAGGCCCCAAGGUGCUGAUGGGGCAUGGCUGCCACUCCUCAGGGGAAAAGAUGUUGAGGUCGCCUGUCCAAAAACCCACGCUGCACCGUUCCAUGAGCACCAAGGUGCUCCUGGCCGAAGGCGAAGCCACGCCUUUCACAGACCACUGCCGCCACUAUGAGGACUCCUAUCGGAGCCUGCAGUCAGAGAUCCAGAACCUGAAGGACCAGGUCCAGGAGUUGCAUCGGGACCUCACCAAGCACCACUCACUCAUCAAGGCUGAGAUCAUGGCAGACAUCCUCCACAAGUCCCUGCAGGUGGACACCCAGAUCGCCUUGCAGUGUGCCUCUGUGGAAGCCAUGAGAACAGUCUUCGAGGAGAUUUGGGAGGAGUCCUACCAGCGUGUGGCUAAUGAGCAAGAAAUUUAUGAAGCCCAGCUCCAUGACCUUCUCCAAUUGAAGCAGGAAAAUGCCUACCUGACCACCAUCACUAAGCAGAUAACUCCCUAUGUCCGUUCCAUUGCCAAGGUGAAGGAGCGAUUGGAGCCCAGGUUUCAAGCACCUGCUGAUGAACAGCUGGAGAAUCUACAGAACAUGUAUGAGGACAGCAUGAAUGAUGAGACCCAGGCCAGGAAUGAGCCAGGGAGGACCACUGAAAAGAGGGAGAAGGCAUCUGAACACAAAGGAAACAACCAGCCUCUGAGCAGUCUCACAGAAGAGCCUCCGCUGAAAAAUAAAGAUCACCACAGACCCAAACAGAAGAAUGGGGGCGACGUCCCCACACGGAAAGAGCUCCCAACUUAGCCAGUGGGCUGGUCCCAGGCAGAUGGGGUAUUUUACCACAUGCAUGUACAUCAAGACCAGAGCAUUUAAGAAACACGUUGUUCCCGUUAUGGUUACGUCUUUAAAGGUUCAUCAACACUAAAACCCAGAAACUCUAUGGCAGGUCGUAACUUCAAAUUCUUUGGCUUGGGUUAAGUUUAGCUUUUCCCUGUGUUCACAUGACAUGACAUCUGGGGCCUAAUCACAGUACCUUGGGCACAGCUCUUUCCAAACCAAAUGGAAAAUGUUAAAAGAGUGAACACCCAUAUAAAACCAAAGACAUCUUCUCCUAGAACACUCAUUUGUACAGCUUCAACUUAACUAUGUGUCCAUGUGCUGGGUCCCAUGGAGGACAGUUUGUGUGGGCCCAUCACGUUUGACUGGCUCCAGUUUCAGAUACCAAGACUCCAUCGCUGUGCAACGCCUGCCUGGCCCUGGAGGAUUCUGGUUUCUCUUGAAAUCACGGACCUAUUUUUUAACCUGGUGCCACUAGAAAGUUCCACCCAACAAUCUGAGCACUGACUCAGCAAAAGGGAAAAGAACCCUCCCUUUAGGGCUGGGGCUGAGUUCACAGACCAGGGUGCUCAACAGGAGACGGUCCCAUUACAACUUCCCUGCUACUUUCCCCAAGCUGUGACUCAGACGUUCACCUUGUAUUGAUAUUAAAGCACAGUUCGGCACCAGCCUUUUUUCUAGUAGUUUUUCAUAUUCCCCAUUCCUACAUAGUACCCUUUAUUGAGAGCUACUUAGUUCUUAAAAAAGAAAACUAACCUGCAUGACCUAAAAUUUAAAAGUUUUAGAGACAAAAUGAUGCCCAGGUAGUCACAUUUUAAGCAAAUAUUCAUUCAGUGGUUCAAACCACAAAUAGCUUCUGAGCUGCGGAGGAGGCCCUGGAGUACCUCACAUCAAUACCCAACACCUCCAUCACCAGUUGACUCAUGGCAACCCCAUGUGUGCUAGAGUAGAACUGUGCUCCACAGGGUUUUUGAUGGUUGAUUUUCUGGAAGUAGAUCACCAGGCCUUUCUUCCGAGGUGCCUCUGGGUGGACUUGAACCUUCAACCUUUCAGUUAGCAGCCAACCACUUAACCAUUUAUGCCACCCAGGAAUUCCAAGGCCUGCGUACCUGCUAUUUCAGAGACCUGAACAUUCCAUUCCAAAGCAUUAUGGACUUCUGCAGUAGCCUAAGGGGCAAAAGGGAAUUCAUCAUCACACACUGGUUAAAUGCAGGAAUUCAGAACUGAAUUCGGUGGGCACAAUACACCUGGCUGAUACUGCCAGUUCUGGGUAUCCCUGGCUCCAGAUGUUCUACCCCACACACAAAGACACUGUUGUUCGUAGUGAAAUCAAGUACAUUUUUAUUUAAGAAUUGGAAAGAAUAAUCAGUAUCUGUGAAAGGAAAUCCAAUUUAAAAUAUUUAAAUAAACAUUUCUGUAUGUAAAAACAAGAGUAGAAUAAUUACUCCACUGAGUUACUCCUUGCUGUGGGAUGGGUGCCCUUGAUUGGCAGUGCCUGGGACCACUCAGGAUGGUUGGCCCUCCCACCCCACAACAAGGUGCCAAACCUUUCCUACCCUAGCAGGGGGGCACAGAGUAAGUAUUUCCCACUGUAAUGGCGAUGCCAAGGUCUGCUGAUCUUGCUGAACCACUACGAAAGCAAAAAAUAGCGGGAGAUCCCAACUAUCUAAGGCAGUAAGAAAGUGCAGAGAAGGGACAGUGGCUUACUGUACCUGGUAUAGAGGGGCUGCUACCAAAAUGCAUGUGGCUAAGACCUCAAACAAACAAACAAAAAAAAACCCCAAACCCACUGCCAUCGAGUUGAUUCCAACUUACAGUGACCUUAUAGGACAGGAUAGAACUGCCCCACAGAGUUUCCAAGGGUAUAAUCUUUAUGGAAGCAGACUGCCACAUCUUUCUCCUGUGGAGCAGCUGCUGGGUUCGAACCACCGCCCAUCUUUUGGUUAGCAGCCAAAUGAAUAACCACUGCACCAGCAGGGCUCUCGGCUAAGACUUUAUCGAGCCUAAAAUGUUACUACAACUACUGGUUUAGGAAUAUUUUUCCUGAUUAUGUCAGCCACUCAGAUCAUUAAAUAAAUAGAAAGGGUUGAUAAGAUUUGCUUUUUUAGGUUGAAAAAGCCAUUCAUCUCACUGAGGGCGGUCAGGUGUGCUGCUUUUUGCCUGGGAAAGGCUCACCCACUCACCUUUUCUGUAGACUGCCACUUUCAGUAGCAGCCUGUCAGCCCUCAUAAAACCUUUCACUUUUUACUGGUUCAAAGUAACUUUGCUCUGUGCAACAUGCAUUUCCCAUUUAUGAAUCUCUACCUUCAAACCCGCAAUGGAAAGAGAAAUCUCCUGAUAGAGUCUUAAUUUGAGGAAAUUGGCGCUAUGGCCUUACAGUGAACACCUGGAGAGCUGUUACCUCAUUAACCUGAUUCUCUGCCA